UGAGGCUAAGGACUGCAAUUCCAUCGAGCCUAGUUCAUUUCAGUCAUCCGCUCAGCGCACAGACGGGACAAGGAGCACUUUCAGCGCUGCUUAUUUGUCAAAGUCCCCCCCCACCCCCCAAACAAAGUGAAAAUGGUAAAGUACAUGCGACAGCACAGCGAGGUGAAACCCGAAGAGGUUCUGUCGGAGUCUGAUGCUUCGAUGGACCAGCAGGAUUUCGGAGAAUUGUCCGACUAUUCUUUCAGCGACGUUUUAUACUCCAAAUGUUCCGCAAUGGACCAAAUCGGCACUUUCAUGAAGAACGUGCAAGUGCUGCUCGAUGCAGCAAAUUACCUAGAAAAUAUCGACAAGAACAACGGAAAAUGUGAGCAUGGUUAUGCUUCAACUUACCCUGUGACCCAGACUGUACAUCAUCAGAAACAGCGUAAAUUCAAGAACAAGAAAUUGGACAAUAUUCACAAUAGGUCAGCACACAAUGAACUGGAAAAAAAUAGACGAGCACAUCUCCGCCUGUGUUUGGAGAGGUUGAAGUCCCUCAUCCCUCUGGGACCAGACUGCAGUCGGCACACCACACUGGGACUGCUCAACAAGGCCAAAGCACAUAUCAAGAAACUUGAAGAGAUGGAUCGGAGGAGUCUGCACCAGCUGGAGACCUUAGAGAGGGAGCAGAGGCACCUGCAGAGGCAGCUAUCCCAGCUGCAGACUCAUGGAGAUAGGGAGAGGGUCCGUACGGACAGCGUGGGCUCCCGCAUGGACUCUGACCGCUCAGAGUCUGACAAAGAGGAGAUUGAAGUUGAUGUGGAAAGCACUGAGUUCUCCCAUGGAGAAAUGGACAGUGUAAGCACCAGUGGUACAAGUGACCUGGAUGACCACAGCAGCCGGCAGAGCUCAGCUAGUGAUGAAGGCUACUCCACAUGCAGUCUAAAACUGGCUUUCUCUGCUUAAAGCACCAGCCUAUACUUUCACUUCAGCUGCAGUCUUUUAUGGCUUUCACCUUUAAAGUACCAGCCUAAAGCUCCAUUCUCCCUUUGCAGUUUAGGUUAACUGUCUUCAGAAGAAGAACCAGCCUCAAUCCCACCUUUGACCUGACAAAUGAAGCGUCUCCUCCACCCUGAGAACCAGCCUUAAGUUCAACUCAGCCUAAACGUUUAAAAAGCCAAGGGGCUCCUCUACAUCAGUCUGAAACAUUUUACACAACAGCCUCAAAUGUAACUUCUCUGGCAAUAUACAGUUUCCUCAUUUUCAGAGUUGACUUAACCAAUCACCUGAAUGACCUUUAACCCAUUACCAGCUUGAAUCAACCAUACCUGCAAUCAAUACUUACCCUGUAGAGGACCCAUGAUCAUGAUCACCAGUGUCCAACACUGGAGGGUAACUCUACCUUUAGUCAAGUUAAUCCUCUGAAACCAGCAAAAACACUAAAACCCCUAUACCAGCUAGAAGCUCAUCAUUGGGAACGUUUGCCCCAUUUGCCUUGUAAAAACAUAGCCCCUCUUCUUCGGAUAACAUAUCCAGACAUCACUUCUUGUCAGUGUACAAGCCGGUGACAAGGGCUACAAUGUCUGCAUUCCAAAAUGUUUAUUACACUCCUAUAACCUCUGCUUUAGGACCCACAACCAUUACUGAUCCAUGUGGCGUCACUUCUCUUGACUGAAAUACAGUCGUAUCCAAACAGGUGGUGUAGUCCACCCUUGUUAUUCUAAUUUAUUUUGCAUUAUGAUUAUAGUAUUUAUUUUUGUUAUAUUUAAUUUUACUGUAGCUAGAUCUUGGUCAUGCUUGAACUUUUUUAAAUUUUUUUUUAAAUGUUUACCAAAUUACAUGACAUUAAAUUUAGCCCCACAGAAGCAUAUGCAGUGCUAAAGGUUUACUCAAUGUUUUGUUGAAAGAAUCACAUCUCUUUCACACUGUGUGCAAAUGCAAUUUUAUUUAGACAGUAAUAAGCUAUCCCACACUGUCCAAGCACAAGGCUGAAAGCAAUAAAGCGUCUAGUUUGAUCAUAUCCUUAACGUUGGCUGUGUUCAGAACACUAUUCUGUCCGUCCAAUACCAAAUUGCUUUUUGCUAGUUUUCCACUUGCUCCAGUAGUGGCAUCAGUUUUAAUAUUGAGCACUAAAAACGAUUGUAAUUGAUUUUAAAAAAAAAAGCUAUGGUGAAUGUGUAUUGAAUGUAGCUUGUCUAAUCAUGUUGUAAUGUGCUUCAGAUUGACAAGUCUUAAAAAAUGUCUGUAGAAUGAACAUAAACACUACAGAAUACUUAUUUUGGUUUAUACUUCAGUGUUUAGUACUGUAUCUUUUAUGUAUUGUAGCAAAAAAAAUAAAUUUGGAGACUUCCCAUUAAUAAUUCAAUGUAUAUUUGACACAGAAUUGCACUGCUGACCUGUUGGAAUCCAUGAAACCAAAUAAGACAUUUCAAUAUGAUCAUUUAUCAGCAUUUUCCUGGUCCAAGUCCUAAGGAGAUCACCACCAAAUUGUGUCUUAACAUGGGUAUAUGACUCUUGCACAAAGUUCCUUGUUACAGGUCUUCCCCCCCCCCCCCAACCUGUUUGGGAAACUAUAAAAUGCACUAUGAAAAAGACUUCUGUUAAGGAAGUAUGUCAAAGCACACCCCCAAAUGUUUUCUCUCAUGCUUAAUCAGCCAUCCAAGGUGACUUUGUUGCAAAACAUGUGCUGCUGGUCCCCUGCUAGUACUUUGUUACAGUUCCCGAAACUUUCCCUGGAAUCUUAAUAAACCUCUACCAC